GCCCGCGGCCGCUGGUGGACGGGGCGGCGAGAAGCGGCGCACUGCGCCGGCAUCUGCGAACUCUGCGCUUCUUCACCAUGGGCAGCCGGACGGCGGACAGCGCAGGGAGCGAGCAGUCCCUAGAAGACGGCACGCCAGAAGCACCCAGUGAGGUGGAAUCAAGAAGGCUUACCAGAGAACAGUUGUAUACAAUAGCUGCAACAGCUUCUAUAAAUUUCAGUUCAAUGAUAUGCUAUUCAAUCCUGGGACCCUUUUUCCCUACAGAGGCAGAAAAAAAAGGUGCAAGUAACACUGUUGUUGGCAUGAUUUUUGGAUGUUUUGCCUUAGUCAAUUUCUUGUCAUCUUUAAUCCUGGGAAAUUAUCUUACAGAAAUUGGAGCAAAAUUCAUGUUUGUGUCAGGGAUGUUUGUUUCAGGAUGUGUGACCAUUCUGUUUGGAAUGCUGGACAAGGUGCCAAGUGGACCAAUAUUCAUUGGUUUGUGCUUUUUAGUAAGAUCAAUGGAUGCGCUGGGUUUUGCUGCAGCAAUGACAGCAUCAUUUUCAAUCCUUACAAAGGCAUUUCCCAACAAUAUAGCUACUGUCCUGGGUAGCCUUGAAAUUUUCACAGGACUUGGACUAGUGCUGGGCCCACCAUUAGGUGGCUUUUUGUACCAAUCAUUUGGUUAUGAGGUCCCUUUUAUUACACUGGGAUGUGUAGUGCUGGUUCUGGUGCCUGUCAAUAUGUGCAUAUUACCACAAUAUGAUUCAGUCUCUACUAAGGAGUCCUUCUGGAAGCUCAUUCUUCUGCCAAAAAUUGUGGUACUCUGUCUUACUAUAUUUUCUUUAAGUACAUGCUUGGGCUUUUUGGAUCCCACAGUAUCUCUGUUUAUCCUAAAGACGUUCAAACUCCCAGCUGGUUAUGUGGGCUUGGUAUUCCUUGGUUUAGCGCUCUCAUACUCUUUGUCUUCUCCCCUCCUCGGACUCCUAAGUGACAAAAGGCCAUACCUUAGAAAGUGGCUGCUGGUGUCUGGAGGCUUAAUGACAGCAGUGUGCUACUUCAUGUUAGGACCUGCUCCUGUACUGCACAUUGAAAGUCAGCUGUGGCUCUUUGUGCUAGUGCUGGUUUUGAUUGGCUUUUCCCUUGGCAUGUGUGCUAUCCCAGUGUUUCCAGAGAUACUGCAAUGUGCAUACGAGAAUGGAUUUGAAGAAGGUCUAAGUCUGCUGGGACUGACAUCUGGGCUUUUCAAUGCCAUGUGGUCACUUGGGGCACUUGCAGGUCCCACUCUUGGAGGAUUUCUAAAUGAGAAGCUGGGUUUUGAAUGGGCCUCAGCCAUCCAAGGAGGAUGGCCACUGUUAAGUGGCCUUGCAACUGGAAUGUUCUAUAUCAUUGAGGCAACAAGGAGAAGCAGUUCCAGUUCUAUCCUGCAAAAUCCUCCUGAUAAUAAUGAAGAAAGAACUCAGCUGAUGGGCAGUGAAACAUAGUCAGACAUGCUUUCAGUUCUCUGUUUCCUGUUGUGGUUUAACCUGGUGUGGAGACCAGUGGACUUAAGCGUUUCAUUGUUUUGGAGCUGGGAUACAUGAUCCCGUAGUGAACCAUCGGUUCUGGUUUAGUUGCAGCUGCAUCACUGUUUCGAAGCACUAAACAUUGACUGCCUUUCUUUUGGAAGUCAUGAUGUGGAUUGGCUGAAGGGAUGAGUAACUCUCAGACACCAGCUUGUUGUGUUCUGUAUACAGUGCACCACUGUAUGUGAAGAGGUGCAUUUUCAAAUGUCUGAUUUCUAUCCUUGAGCCUGCUGUGCAUUAUUCUUGGGUAAAGCUCCUAUUUUGCUACGGUGAUUUUCUGUAUUUUUU